CUCAGACUGACUUCAGAUCAGAAGAUGAGUGGUUGUGUGGAGGAAGAGGAGGACAGAGCAGAGUCUCUAGUCUCCGGCUGUCUGUCUAUGAAGAGUGAUCGGUCCAAAGAUGAUCCUCUGACCUUCAGUAAUGAACCUGGACCCUCAGACACAAAAGUUCAGUACAGACAGAGAGCAGAGUCUCCAGUAUCCAGCUGUCUGUCUAUGAAGAGUGAUCGGUCCAAAGAUCAUCCUCCAGACUUCAGUAAUGAACCUGGACCCUCAGACACAAAAGAGGACCAGGAGAGCUCACAGGUUCCCAGAGGUCAGUCUGCCCAGCAGCAUCAAACACACCUGGACUCCAUAUUUAUGCUGCUGGAGGAGAACAUCCUCACUUUUGUGAAGAACGAGCUGAAGAAGAUCCAGAAGGUUGUGAGUUCAGAUUACCCAGAAUGCUUAGAGAGUCAGAGGGAGGAUGAGGAGGUGUUGGACGGUGAGGAUGAAGAGCAGAGGAGGAGCAGCAGAGAGGCAUUUCUGAAGAUCACACUGCACCUCCUGAGGAGAAUGAAGCAGGAGGAGCUGGCUGACUGUCUGCAGAGCAGACUUCUUGCUGCAGUUUGUCAGCGUGAACUCAAAUCUAACCUGAAGAAGAAGUUCCAGUGUGUGUUUGAGGGGAUCGCUAAAGCAGGAAACCCAACCCUUCUGAACCAGAUCUACACAGAGCUCUACAUCACAGAGGGAGGGACUGCAGAGGUCAAUGAUGAACAUGAGGUCAGACAGAUUGAAACAGCAUCCAGGAAACCAGACAGACCAGAAACAACCAUCAGACAAGAAGACAUCUUUAAAGCCUCACCUGGAAGAGAGGAACCAAUCAGAACAGUGAUGACAAAGGGAGUGGCUGGCAUUGGGAAAACAGUCUUAACACAGAAGUUCACUCUGGACUGGGCUGAAGACAAAGCCAACCAGGACAUACAGUUCACAUUUCCAUUCACCUUCAGAGAGCUGAAUGUGCUGAAAGAGAAAAAGUACAGCUUGGUGGAACUUGUUCAUCACACUUCUUCUCUGAAACCAAAGAAGCAGGAAUGCAGGUUUGAAGAGUUCCCGGUUGUGUUCAUCUUUGACGGUCUGGAUGAGUGUCGACUUCCUCUGGACUUCCACAACAAUGAGAUCCUGACUGAUGUUACAGAGUCCACCUCAGUGGAUGUGCUGCUGACAAACCUCAUCAGGGGGAAACUGCUUCCCUCUGCUCGCCUCUGGAUAACCACACGACCUGCAGCAGCCAAUCAGAUCCCUCCUGAGUGUGUUGGCAUGGUGACAGAGGUCAGAGGGUUCACUGACCCCCAGAAGGAGGAGUACUUCAGGAAGAGAUUCAGUGAUAAGAAGCAGGCCAGCAGGAUCAUCUCCCACAUCAAGACCUCACGAAGCCUCCACAUCAUGUGCCACAUCCCAGUCUUCUGCUGGAUCACUGCUACAGUUCUGGAGGAUGUGUUGAAGACCAGAGAGGGAGGAGAGCUGCCCAAGACCCUGACUGAGAUGUACAUCCACUUCCUUCAGUCCAAACUGAAGAACGUCAAGUAUGAUGGAGGAGCUGAGACGGAUCCACACUGGAGUCCAGAGAGCAGGAAGAUGACUGAGUCUCUGGGAAAACUGGCUUUUGAUCAGCUGCAGAAAGGAAACCUGAUCUUCUAUGAAUCCGACCUGACAGAGUGUGGCAUCGAUAUCAGAGCAGCCUCAGUGUACUCAGGAGUGUUCACACAGAUCUUUAGAGAGGAGAGAGGACUGUACCAGGACAAGGUGUUCUGCUUCAUCCAUCUGAGUGUUCAGGAGUUUCUGGCUGCUCUUCAUGUCCAUCUGACCUUCAUCAACUCUGGUGUCAAUCUGCUGUCAGAAGAACAAACAACCUCCCGGUUGUCUGAAGUCUUCAGAGACAAACCUAAACUAACACAUCUCUACCAGAGUGCUGUGGACAAGGCCUUACAGAGUCCAAAUGGACACCUGGACUUGUUCCUCCGCUUCCUCCUGGGUCUUUCACUGCAGACCAAUCAGACUCUCCUACGAGGUCUGCUGACACAGACAGGAAGUAGCUCACAGACCAAUCAGGAAACAGUCCAGUUCAUCAAGAAGAAGAUCGACGAGGAUCUCUCUGCAGAGAAAAGCAUCAAUCUGUUCCACUGUCUGAAUGAACUGAAUGAUGGUUCUCUAGUGGAGGAGAUCCAACAGUCCCUGAGUUCAGGACGUCUCUCCACAGAUAAACUGUCUCCUGCUCAGUGGUCAGCUCUGGUCUUCAUCUUACUGUCAUCAGAAAAAGAUCUGGAUGUGUUUGACCUGAAGAAAUACUCUGCUUCAGAGGAGGCUCUUCUGAGGCUGCUGCCAGUGGUCAAAGCCUCCAACAAAGCUCUACUGAGUGGCUGUAACCUCUCAGAGAGAAGCUGUGAAGCUCUGUCCUCAGUCCUCAGCUCCCAGUCCUCUAGUCUGAGAGAGCUGGACCUGAGUAACAACGACCUGAAGGAUUCAGGAGUGAAGCUGCUGUCUGCUGGACUGGAGAGUCCACGCUGUAAACUGGAAACUCUCAGGCUGUCAGGCUGUCUGAUCACAGAGGAAGGCUGUGCUUCUCUGGACUCAGCUCUGAGCUCCAACCCCUCCCAUCUGAGAGAGCUGGACCUGAGCUACAAUCAUCCAGGAGACUCAGGAGUGAAGCUGCUGUCUGCUGGACUGGAGGAUCCACACUGGAGACUGGAGACUCUCAGGUAUGAAGAGGCCUGCUGCAUCCACAGACAAUCAGUCUGAUAGAGGAGGUAGAGC